AUGGACGAACGUGAGUACGAUGUACUUCAGUAUUUGAUCACGUUGAUCGCAAUAGAAAACAGGAAAACUUCAGCGGACAAAAGCAGACAGAGAGGGACGUCCAGGCGACCGAGCACCGGCAACUUACACGGAAAGGCGAACGACACCCAACAACAAAAUGUUCAACGAGCCGAGAGAGUGUCGUCUACGCACAAUCUAGCCGAGCCGGCUGUUAAUACGCCGGUCAACAAAUCCGUGGACGUUUCCAUGCCGAAGACACGAUUCAGUUCCCAGGAUAGAAACAAGGAUGUCAAAUCGUCAUGUUCCCCGAGGCUGAAAUACUUCCCCAUAGAGAAAAUCAAAAAGUUGGAAACACCUCCGUCGUUCUGUCCCGAGCCGAUGGGCGCUUUGAUCGCUCAACAAGAUCCCAAUGAAUCUGGAAUCUUGUACAUGUCCAAGAGUCCGGAGAGAAAUCGCGACAGUGGCCAAGGUGACGCCACGGUUGUCGCUCAGCAUUUGCAUCAGCAUCAGUAUCACCAACAUCAACCGCAAAACAUGCACACAAUGAGCCAGCAACAGGUCACACCUCGGCAGGUAGUGCAUCAGAUCGGUCACGUGAAUCCGCACUCGGAGAGCGCUAUGCUGUCGCAACAAGUUCCGAACCUUCAGUCUCAUCGUCCUCACGUGCCUCACAGCGGCCGAGAAUAUUCUCCCCAGAAGAACGCUCAAUCGAUUUCCGCGAAUCCGGAAAAUCGUGGAGCUGCGACGUCUCAGCAGGCCGGUGGAAACGUUUCCGAGCAAAUGGUGGAGCAAGGUCUCGUGAAGACCGAGAAGAGCUCGCCGGGCGUCGAGGAAGAUACGUACGAGAGACAACCCGUGGGAGGUCGAAACGCGGCGCUUUACAGGCAACUGGUGAUGAACAACAGGCAACAACAGGGUCAACAGCACAGUCCCCAGUUCCCUGGCGACGGUUCGAUGGCGAUCAAUCAAUUCGCCGUGUUGGCCAACCAGGCAAACGUUAACAAUCCCCACGGUUAUAAUCACGUUCUCACGUGCGCCAAUCUUCAAAAUCCUCAAAACCCUUCGCAGAACCCGCAGAGCGUGCAGAAUCCGCAGCAACUUUAUCAGCAGAUGCAGCAGAAUAUGGCGCAGCAGCAGCAGAUGCAGCAAAGGGCGAUCAACUAUCAGAUGCAAAUGAUGAGGAAUCAAAGAUGCCAGACGGCACCUCCCAAUUAUGGGAUGACUUCACCCCAGGACGCGACCGCGACUCAGAUGAGAAAUUUGAGAAUGAUGGGACAGAUGCAACCGAAUUACCCCGUACAGGACCACAACACCGUUAACGCCGCCAAUGGAUUGUACAGGAAUAGCAAUAAUAACAGCAACAAUAAUAAUAGUAAUCAGUUGGCCGAGUAUUCCAGCGUCAAGGCACAGUUGAAAUCUUACAACGUGGACGUGGUGAACGGCAAUCAGACGUUGUACAGGCCGCAGAAUCAACAACAACAGCAACAACAACUGCAGCAACAGCAGCAGUUCAUUCACUAUCAACCGGAUACAAUCGCGUAUCAACAACAAAUGCAGCCUCAACAGAUGCAGCAAAUGCAAGCGCAACCGUUUCAACAACAGUUGUACAGGAAUCCGAUGAUGCAGGGACACCAGAACGCGAUGGUCUACAAUCAAGCAGGGUAUAAUCAGCAGAUGAAUCCCGGGCAACAGAUUAUACCGAUUCAUCAGCAACAUUUGGAGAACAAUCCGGAGAGAAUGCAAGAUCAGCACGGGAGGAAAAGGGGUUUGAAGUUCACGCAUGGAAUGAUACGCGACCAAGAAAAAUUGUUGGCCACGAUGAAGCAGCAAAGAGUGCCGAUAGAUAUAAUGAAGAGGCAAUUCGAAACGUUGUUGAACGAGCAACGAAAGCAUUUGGAGUAUCUGGAGCAGCAGGAGAACAUGUUGGACGAGACGAAGCCCGUGGUGGUGACACGGAAGAGGAAGCAGCAAGACGAGAAGCCCGAAUGGAUGAUUCAUUUAACACCCCCGAGAUUAUCUUAUCUGGAAAUAGAGAGGAUGCAAGAGCAACGAAGGAAGGAGAGGGAAUCUCGCGAAAUAGAGAUGAUGCAACAGCAACAACAACAACAACAGCAUCAACAACAGCAUCAACAGCAGAAUCAGCACCAAUACCAGCAACAACAACAGCAACAGCAUCAACAAUAUCAGACGAUGGAGGAAAUGUCGCGUCAACAGGUUCCCGUACAGGCCAUCAAUCAGCAAAAUUAUCAGCAUUAUCGGCAACAGGCUAAUUGGCAACAGCAACAGAGAACUUCGAGGCAAUAUAACAGUGCUCGACCUUAUGCUGUUCCAGGUCCCGGCAACGUGAACGAAUCGAUAAAGACGAUGAAAUAUCAACAACAAAACGUGCCCCAUCAGUAUCAUCAGUACCAACAAUCGUAUCAGCAACCUUAUCAACACGCUCACCAACAUCUUCAUCAACAGCCUCAUCAGGAAUAUUACAAUCCCCAACAGUAUCAACAGUAUCAGCAAUAUUAUCAGGCUCUUGCUGCCCAACAACAGAAUCGCGAACACGUUCAACCGUCCGAACAAUUGGCCGUGUACGAGGAUCAAAGCAGACCGUCCACGGAGCCGUCCAGUUUGUUGAAGAUACGCAGAUACAGGAACGAGAUCCGGCCUCAGAGGCGAAACAACGGAUUGCAGGAGCCUGAGAUGGCGAAGAGGCAAUUGGAGGAGUUCAGAAUAUCGGCGGAAAUCAGGAAGGGAUUGGAAUACAUAGCCAACCUGGCCCCUAAGAAACGGGUGGUGAGAUUGAACGGGAUGCAAGAGAGCAACGAGUUGGACUCGCAGUUCCAGCAACGUUUGAUCACGUCGGCGUUGCCCCAAUCCGUUCAAAGAAUAUCCGCCAACGGUUUGGAGAACAGUAGGAAUCCGAACAACCCGCCGAUCCAACGAUUGUCCAACUUGAAGAAGAUGGAACACGAGUAUUUGAGGGAGUAUCCCAGGCAGAAGCAGACGAAUCCGAGGACGUGUUACAGCGUCCCGGCCGAAAGGGAGAAUGGCUCGAUGGCCAUGGAUCAGCAACAACAAUUGCAACAAUUCCAACACCAGAUCCUCUCCCAACAACAAUUCCCUGUUGCGCAGAACUCGAGCAAAUCUUACAACGAAAGGAAUCAACAAUUGUUGCCACGUACGAACUCGACGUCGUACAGAUUCGACGCGAAUUAUCCUCAACAUUAUCAACAGAUGCAGCAAUAUUAUCAAAAUUCAAAAAAUUUGGCUAGGAAUCACGGGGAGGGCGAUAUGGGAUCGACUCAAAGAAUAGAGCAGAACAAGGGGAAUUUCGAUCACGCGGGCGGUGACGCGAGCGAAAAUAUGAAUAACGGGGCGAUGCAUGGACAGGUGGCGGAUGGGAAGAUACCGUAUCAAAGGAUAUAUUACAGCCAGCCGGAUAUUCACGAGUCGAGAACAAUCGGGGGUGUGAGAUAUUUGGCCAGGAAACAGGAUUACAUGCCCAAUCAGUAG